AUGAAGUUCUCGCUCGCCGUCGUCGCCUCUCUCUUCCUCGCCGCCCAAGCCGCUGCUCUCCCCGCUGAGGCUGAGGCUGCCCAACAAAACCCCUGCCCUCGCCCUCGCAGCGCAGUACCAUUCUACCGUGCCUACCACCCCGGUUACAUCAACCACUUCUACACCACCAGCAACCCAGAGUGGCAGAGCACCAUCGGCCUUGGGUAUAUCCACGAAACCCCCGCAGCCAACGUCUUCGCCACCCAGGAGCCCUCCACUGUGCCCCUCAUCCGCCUCUUCAACCCCUCCCGCACCAACCACUUCUACACCACCAGCGAGCGCGAGGCGAACCGCGCUACUCGGGAGGGGUAUACCCGCGAGGGUAUCGCGGCGUACAUCUUCGACAAACAGGUGUGCGGCAGCCAGCCAUUAUUCAGGCUGCUCAACGCCGGGACCGUCGAUCACUUAUACACCACCAGCUGGGAAGAGAGGAAGAAGGCGCUUAAGGAAGGUUACACUAGUGAGGACGUUGCUGGGUAUGUCUUUGCUGCUUAA